AUGAAGCUCCCGCAAUACAUCCACGCUCUCGCGGAACCUCUGCGAACCGAGGACGUGGUUGCGCUCCUCCGUCUCCUCGAUACGCGGAACCGCACCGCCCGCGGCCUCGCUGAAACUGUCGCUCCCAUUGAUAAGGAAAGGCGGCUCGCGAAUCCCGGACAUACCCUCCCCGAACCAUGGGACGGUAUCGCCGUGCGUCACUGCGCCGUCGUCAAGGCCUGGUACAAUGACGACUACGCCGCUGCAUACAACCACCAGCACCAACUCCUGAUCCUCUACUUGAGAUGGCAGCAAGAGCAGCCCGCAUGGUCCCUCCCCCUCCUAUAUCUCCUGCUUCGCGACCUCCGCUCCCUCGCGGAGCAGGCCGACUCCCUCACCUUUGCGAAUACCGGCCGUACCCCUGCUUUAGAGGAAUGCACCCGCACAGUCUCCAAGGCCUUCACGCUGGCCGCAACGGACCGGACUUUUGAAGGACGCGAAUCCCGCCGCCAAGGAGUAUAUUACUUAGCCUCACUGGCUAUCAAGUGCUACUUCAAAGUCGGCAAGCCGAAUCUGUGCAAGAAUAUCGUGCGCGCAGUCACUUCCGACGCCAAGAUGCCGCCCGUGUCCAGCGCACCCCUCGGCGACCAAGUCACUUGGCACUAUUAUCUUGGCAUGCUCGCAUUCCUCGCGGGCGAGGACAAGAAGGCACUUGAUGAGCUCGAGUGGGCCUUACUUCACUGCCCCACCGACGCGAGGCGCAAUCUAGAACUCAUCCUCACGUACCUUGUCCCCCUGCAUCUCCUGCGAGGAUCGCUACCCUUGUCCACCCUCAUGGCGCGGCAUCCGCGCCUCCGUGAGGCGUACCAGCCCUUCGUGGAUGCUAUCCGUACAGGUAACAUCCAGGCGUACGAUGACGCACUCGAGUGGGCCCAGCCUCGGCUGGUUGGACUGGGCACGUACCUUGCCAUCGAGCGAGCGCGCGAGGGCUGCGUCCGCUCGCUGUUCAAGCGCGCGUGGAUGGCCAACGACAAGAACUCGCGCAUGCCCGUCGCCAUCUUCUCCACCGCGCUUAAGCUCCAAGGCGUGCAGGCCGACACCGACGAGGUCGAAUGUAUGCUCGCCAACAUGAUAUACCGGGGAUACAUGAAAGGCUACAUCUCGCACGAGAAGCAAAUGGUCGUCCUAGGAAAGACCAACCCCUUCCCCUCGCUCGCCACCCUCGCACGAUGA